AUGCUAAGCGUCCUUCUAUACGCCUUGCUGUUCACCUCCACAGAUGCCAUCAAAUGUUUCAGUUGUGCCAGUAAUAAUAUGAAGGAGAACUUUCUUACCAAACAACGAGGUCCCGCCGGAAGGAUUCAGCUACCCAGGACAUUUAGUGACGACUGUAAUGGUAGCACCAAUAUUAUUAGGGACCGCAGUGCAGACGAUUGUGGCGCCGGUGGGGUUUGUGUGAAAUGGACGCAAAUUGUGAAUAAUUCAGGCGCCCCGAGUCAAAUGACUUUCCGUGGAUGCUACAAUAAAAUGUUCAAUCUGAAUGAUCCCGCUGUGUUCAAACCACCGAAUCACUCGUUUUGCACACAUUCUGAAGUGGAUUUGGCAUGUUUGUCAGACGCGUCGAUAAUCGAGGACACUUGCUGGUGCACCGGGGAUUCAUGUAAUGGAUCAUCGACUAGUUUUCAUUUAUUGUUAAUUUCCGCUUUAAUUUGUAUAUUUUUCACGGUUUUCUAUUAA